AUGUCGACAGGCUCGACUCACCUGCCAGAUAGCUCGACCUUGGGCGAGUCAUGGGUAGUCGCAUCAGCUUCAUCCUUACCGAGAAAGGACCUGCCCGAGAAGCCAUGUCGCAAAGACCGAGCAAACGAAGAAGACGAUCACAAGGGAUGCGCGUCAAUGACAACAUCUGCCUCGUCGAUAUCAGGCCCGGAGUUGAUCAUGCCCUCAAUAUGCGAAGUAUCUGUCUCAGAAGGCUCCUGGGUAGCGCCAGAGAUACGCUCGCGCAGCCCUACCACGGUCAGGCGAAGACACAAGCGACAGUCUACAUCAAAGCAACACGCAGAUGCACCGAAUACACACGGUUCACAGACGCGCAAACCAGCAAUCAACGAAAACGAUACGGCCACUGCUCACACGACUCGACGGUCUUCACGAAUAACACGAUACAUCCGGACCAUGCUCAACCUCCUCCUCAUGGCAGCCAUCGCCCACCUGCUCAUCCUCCCCGAGUUCGUCACACAAUAUCAAACCCUGUGCAGCAUACAGGCUCUCUCCUCUCUCUACCCAUCCAGCUGCAUCCCACCCUACCCGCAACCUCCCUCUGAAGCGCAGACUCAACCCCAACCCCAUCAAUCUCCCACCCAACCUGCCACCCUAAACCCCCAAACCCGCCUCGAAACGCUCUUCAACACCACACUCCACCAACUGAAUCCCCUCCACCCCACCGUCCGACAAACCGAACCCCUCCUGCAAACCCUCCACUCCGACCUGAAAAACAGCUACCCCGGCGCAAAGCACGAGCUCGACCUCGAGUUCUACGGCUGCAGCCACGCCGCGCGCGCCGCAGCCGCCAAAUUCGCCUCUCUGAAAGCAGACCUCCAGUCCGCCAUGGACAGUCUGCGCGCCAGCGCCAGCCAGCCCCCCCUCAAGGACGAGGCCGGGGCAGCGCGGUCCGUCGCCCGCGACGCGCGCCUGUCGACCCAGCUCGCCCGCCGCGAACAGUACCUUGACCAGCUGACGGCGCGCAUGCAGGCCAAGGCGGAAGCGCUGGGGAACGACUUCGCCGCGCUCGACGAUCACCUGGAAUCGAUCCAGCGGAUCGCAAGGCGGGAGAGGCAUGUGGCCGCUGCCGCUGGCCCUCUUGCUCACCGGGACGGCAAUUCCAACAAGAACGGCGACGCCAACGCCAACAGCAACAGCAACGGUCUGUGGGCGCUCGUUGACGCGUUCGUCCCUUCGCUAUCACUACGAGGCCAGGAUAAGGGUUCCUCGGAGACGGGGGGCGCAGACGAGCACGCGCAUGUCUCUGAGUCCCUCCGGCAAGCCGUGGCGCAUCAUCAGCCCGUCGCGGGCGUGAUUCAGGGGUUGUAUCGGGAUCUGGAGAGUCUGCAGAGCCGCAAAGGGCGGUUCUGA